AUGCCAAUAAUUUGUCGUUGUCUACACAAUCGAAAAGAAACAGAUAAAACUACGGAGAGUUCAAAAGGAAAAAUUAUUCAAUUCUCUCCUCUUUGUGGGUGUACUCUUAAAUGCCUAAAGUGCCUACCACUUAAAGUUUCGAAAAAAUCGUGUGAGAAGGAAAACAUGGAUAAGGAAUUGAACCUUGAGAAGAAAAUGAUUGAAACAAAAAUUGAAAAAGAGGAAAGCAAAUCCGGCAAGUAUAACGAGAUAAUGUGA